CCAGGAGUGCUGCGCGGACAGAUCUGCCAGCGCCCAGUCCGGGAAUUGGCGAGCGGCGGCGACUGGCAGGACCGGACAAGCCAGGGAGCGGGGUUCUGGGGGCCGCGCGGGUUGAGGCCACCUCGGUUUGGGAAGUGAGUGUGCCGGCGGAGCAGAGCGGGAUGCUGGCUUGAGCCCAGGGUCCAGGCAUGGAAUUCCUGACAACCUCCCAACCCCCUCCAGGACCUCCAGCCAUGGACUUGGAGGAGCCCAGGGACACACUUUCACCCUCUCAGGACCUCACCCCUGAUUGCCUGUGGGACCCGGCACCAGGAGGCCCCGGCAGCCUGAGUCAGAUGGAACUUGACGGGCUAAAUAUUCAGGACCUGCUGCAACAGUUUGAAGCUCUGCCAGGUGAUCUGGUGGGCCUGUCCCCAGACGGACCCCCGUGCCCCUUGCACAUUGCCACUGGCCAUGGCCUGGCCUCUCAGGACAUCACCGAUGCCCAUGGGCUCUUGUCCGCCGAGGCUGGCCGGGAAGACUUGCUGAGCCUCUUGCAGCAAGACGAACGCCCUCCUUCCCAGUCAGGUCCCCAGGAACCUCCGGACCCUGCUCCUCGCCUGUUGCAGCCCCCUGAUGACCCAGAGGGGGAUAUGGCCCCCCAGGAGUGGGCAGAAGGAGCCUCUGUCGAGCAGGACGAGGGCAGGAGCUCAAGCAGCUCCCCAGAACUCUGGCUGGAGACAGUACCUCUGGUCACUUCUGAAGAGCCACCUGCCAGUGCCCAGAGCCCUGAGACCCUGGCUUCCUACCCUGCCCUCCAGGAGGCGUCCGGCCCCUGUGACCACGAAGACCUCCUAGAUGGUGUCAUAUUCGGGGCCAAAUACCUGGGCUCCACCCAGCUGGUGUCUGAGCGAAACCCGCCCCCCAGCACGCGCAUGGCGCAGGCCCAGGAGGCCAUGGACCGCGUCAAGGCCCCCGAUGGGGAGACCCAGCCGAUGACAGAGGUAGACCUCUUCGUCUCCACCAAGAGGGUCAAGGUUCUGACGGCUGACUCCCAGGAGGCCCUGAUGGACCACGCCCUGCAGACCAUCUCCUACAUCGCUGACAUCGGCAGCAUCCUGGUGCUCAUGGCCCGGCGGCGGCUGGCCCGGCGGCCGGCACCCCAGCCCCACAGCCGCCGGCUCUACAAGAUGAUCUGCCACGUUUUCCACUCAGAGGACGCCCAGCUCAUCGCCCAGGCCAUCGGCCAGGCCUUCGCCGUGGCCUACAGCCAGUUCCUGCGGGAAAGUGGGAUCAACCCCAGCCAGGUGGGCUCCCAGCAGAGCCAGGGUGCCACGGGCCCCGGCCACCUCCACAACGGGGACCUCGACCACUUCUCCAAUAGCGAGAACUGCAGGGAGGUGUGCAUCGAGAAACGCCGGGGUGAGGGUCUGGGCGUAGCCCUGGUGGAGUCGGGCUGGGGUUCCUUGCUGCCCACGGCCGUCAUCGCCAACCUGCUGCACGGGGGCCCCGCCGAGCGCUCAGGGGCCCUCAGCAUUGGAGACCGCAUCACCGCCAUCAACGGGACCAGCCUGGUGGGGCUGCCCCUGGCCGCCUGCCAGGCUGCCGUCCGCGAGGUGAAGUCUCAGACGCUGGUGACCCUGAGCAUCGUCCACUGCCCGCCGGUCACCACGGCCAUCAUCCGCCGGCCCCACGUCCGCGAGCAGCUGGGCUUCUGCGUGGAGGACGGCAUAAUCUGCAGCCUCCUCCGGGGUGGCAUUGCCGAGCGCGGGGGCGUCCGCGUGGGGCACCGCAUCAUUGAGAUCAACGGGCAGAGUGUGGUGGCCACGCCCCACGCCCGCAUCAUUGAGCUGCUCACGGAGGCCCACAUUGAGGUCCACAUCAAGACGAUGCCUGCUGCCACCUACCGCCUGCUCACAGGCCAGGAGCAGCCGGUGUACCUGUGACCGGCCACCUUCCCCCCACCACUGUGCCUUAGCCCCCGCCGGCCCCGGAACUCCGUCCACGGACCCUCCUCGGCUGGCCAGGGCCCCAAAAGUUUCUUGGUUCUAUAUUAUUUUCUUAUGUAAAAAAUUAAAAGCUUAUCGAAUGGGCAAA